UCAUAUCCUCCGGUGUGCAUUAAAUACGGGUCGCAUAACGCCGGGAACCAAGAACUAACCGGAGCGAGGGGUUUUAGCUGAGACAAGAACAUUGAAAUAUCUGGCUCUAAUAUUCAAGUAAAACACUAAAAACAACAGCAAUAUGAGUAAGUCCGGUUCAGCACCAUCUGUUGGGAUCGAUUUGGGAACAACCUAUUCCUGUGUUGGAGUGUUCCAGCAUGGAAAAGUGGAAAUCAUUGCCAAUGACCAGGGAAACCGAACAACCCCAAGUUAUGUAGCAUUUACAGAAACAGAGCGUCUUGUAGGAGAUGCCGCCAAGAACCAAGUGGCUAUGAAUCCAACCAACACAAUCUUUGAUGCCAAACGUCUCAUCGGCAGAAAAUUUGAAGACCAAUGUGUGCAAUCUGAUAUGAAGCAUUGGCCUUUUGAAGUGGUCACUGAUGGUGGUAAACCAAAAAUGACAGUAGAGUACAAGAACGAAAAAAAGAGCUUCUUCCCUGAAGAAAUAUCCUCUAUGGUUCUUAACAAAAUGAAGGAAACCGCAGAAGCCUAUCUUGGAAAGACUGUGACAAAUGCUGUAGUAACAGUCCCAGCCUACUUCAAUGACUCGCAAAGACAGGCAACAAAAGACGCAGGAACAAUUUCAGGACUGAAUGUGCUCCGUAUCAUCAAUGAGCCCACAGCAGCCGCAAUUGCAUAUGGUCUCGACAAAAAGGUUGGAACAGAAAGAAAUGUACUUAUCUUUGAUUUAGGUGGUGGUACUUUUGAUGUAUCCAUUCUGACAAUUGAAGACGGAAUCUUUGAAGUGAAAUCCACAUCUGGGGACACCCACUUGGGUGGUGAGGACUUUGAUAAUCGUAUGGUGAACCACUUUGUUCAGGAAUUCAAGCGUAAACACAAGAAGGACAUAACCGACAACAAAAGGUCCCUUCGGCGUCUGAGAACAGCAUGUGAGCGAGCAAAGAGAACCUUGUCAUCAAGUGCUCAGGCCAGCAUCGAGAUCGACUCCCUCUAUGAAGGAGCCGAUUUCUACACAAGUAUCACAAGGGCCCGUUUUGAGGAGUUGAAUGCAGAUCUAUUUAGAGGAACCUUGGAACCUGUAGAAAAAUCUCUACGUGAUGCCAAGCUAGACAAAGGUGCAAUUCAUGAUAUUGUACUGGUUGGUGGGUCCACUCGUAUUCCAAAGAUUCAGAAACUUCUUCAGGACUACUUCAAUGGAAAAGAACUGAACAAAUCCAUUAAUCCUGAUGAGGCUGUUGCCUAUGGUGCAGCUGUACAGGCAGCUAUCCUGUCUGGAGACAAGUCUGAGGAGGUCCAAGAUCUACUGUUGUUGGAUGUAGCUCCUUUGUCCUUGGGUAUUGAGACCGCUGGAGGAGUGAUGACCUCUCUCAUCAAACGUAACACAACUGUUCCCACCAAGCAGACCCAAACAUUCACCACCUACUCUGACAAUCAGCCAGGUGUGUUGAUCCAGGUUUACGAGGGAGAACGAGCAAUGACCAAGGACAACAAUCUGCUUGGAAAGUUUGAGCUGACUGGGAUUCCACCAGCACCGAGAGGUGUUCCUCAAAUUGAGGUCACAUUUGACGUUGACGCCAAUGGUAUCUUGAAUGUGUCUGCUGUUGACAAGAGUACAGGCAAGGAGAACAAAAUCACCAUCACCAAUGACAAAGGUCGUUUGUCAAAGGAUGAGAUCGAAAGGAUGGUGAAUGAUGCUGAGAAAUACAAGGCAGAAGAUGAUGUACAACGUAACCGUGUUUCUUCCAAGAAUGCCUUGGAGAGCUAUGCCUUCCAGAUGAAAUCCACAGUUGAGGACGACAACCUCAAGAGCAAGAUCAGUGAAGACGAUAAGAAGACCAUCGUUGACAAGUGUACAGAGGUUAUCUCUUGGCUAGAUGCCAACCAAUUGGCCGAAAAGGAAGAGUUCGAGCACAAACAGAAGGAGUUAGAGGGUGUUUGUAAUCCAAUCAUCACCAAGCUGUACCAAGGAGCUGGUGGAGCACCUGGAGGUAUGCCCGGAGGUAUGCCCGGAGGCAUGCCAGGCGGUAUGCCGGGUGGUGCUGAUGGAGCAUCCACUGGUGGAAGUGGUGGCCCAACCAUCGAGGAAGUCGAUUAAAUACAGGACAAAUUCUGGACCAAGAUCAAGCUUACAAAAUUCAAAACUAAUUUAUUUUUUGUUUCAAUUACAAGCCAUCAUAAUUAGAACACUGUUAAGAUAGAGACUUGAAAAUCUACCCAACUGAUCAUGGUAAUACAAAAACUAGUCCAAUGUGAAGAUUCUGUGUCCAUCAAAACAAAGACCAAUGGAAAACAUGCUUAUUUUGAUAAAUGUUUGCUGCACAUGCUUAAUGCUUUGAAACAAACUGCAGUGUAGGAAGAUGGACAAAUAAGUUUUGAAUGCUCAAUUGCCAAUUACAUAACUGUUACAAAGAAAUUUCAGUUCAGUUUAGUUUCAUUUAUUUCCAUCGAGUUAACUCUUUAUCUUAUCACGAAAGGUUAAAAUGUGGUUUUCUUUACCAUUUGACCAUUUCCAUCAUUCCAUUGUAUCGGAUGUGAUAACUGAUCAUAUUAAUGUCAAGCUUUGCAACAACCCCUAGUAAUGUGCAAAUGUGACAAGUCGCAUACACAAAUAUAUGCUUUUUCAAAAGAUGAAAAGUAUUCAACGUGCAAGAAGAAGAAAAAAAAGAGAAAAAAGAAAUGUUAAAAAAUUGAAUAAAAGAGCCAGAGCAAAAAAAAAA